AACACAUUCCCUCCCUUUUCACACUGUCCGCUCCUCUCCUCCGCCAUUACUACCAAAAGCAACUGCCAACUCCACAAUUCUCUUCCUCUGAUCCGCUCGCUCCUUUCUUCUUCUCCUUACCCGAUCACAUCUCUCUUCAAACUCGCCCGAUCCCGCAGCCGAUUCUGCUCGUUUCCACCUUCGCCUACUCGGAGAUCUUCGAAUUCAAUGGCGAUCCUUCCAAAGUCCUCCGUUGACGUUAUCCCCACCGAUGACCGUCUAGCGAAAAGGUUUUGGAUCAAGUUUCGUAGAGAAUCCAUGCUUUCUCUUUACUCGCCUUUCGCUCUUUCUUUGGCUUCCGGGUCUCUCAAGAUCGACACUUUUCGUCAUUAUAUUGCCGAAGAUGUACACUUUCUCAAAGCCUUUGCUCGUGCAUAUGAAUUGGCAGAAAACUGUGCUGAUGACGAUGAUGCAAAAUUAGCUAUCUCUGAGUUAAGGAAGGGUGUCUUACAGGAGCUAAAAAUGCAUAAUUCUUUUGUACAGGAGUGGGGUUCUGAUUGUGUUAAAGAGAGCCCUGUCAAUUCUGCAACUGUGAAGUAUACCGAGUUCUUGCUGGCAACAGCAUCUGGGAAAGUUGAAGGACUAAAAGCUCCAGGGACACUUGCCACUCCAUUUGAGAAAACCAAAAUUGCAGCUUACACUCUAGGGGCAAUGACACCUUGCAUGAGGCUGUAUGCCUUUUUGGGUAAGGAGUUUCAGGCACUUCUAGAAUCCAAUGAGCAUGACCACCCCUACAAAAAGUGGAUUGAGAAUUAUUCUUCUGAAAGUUUUCAGGCAUCCGCUCUGCAAACUGAAGACUUGCUGGACAAACUUAGUGUCCCUUUGACAGGCGAGGAACUAAACAUCAUCGAGAAACUUUAUCACCAAGCAAUGAAACUUGAAACGGAGUUCUUCUAUAGUCAACCGCUUACUCAGCCUACUAUUGCUCCUUUGACUAAGGAGCAUGACCCUGAACAAUAUCGUCUUAUUAUAUUUUCUGAUUUUGAUCUUACUUGCACGGUUGUUGAUUCAUCUGCCAUUUUGGCUGAGAUAGCAAUAGUAACAGCCCCAAAAUCUGAUCAGAACCAACCAACAGGUCAAAUUGGUAGGAUGUCGUCUGUUGAGCUGAGGAACACCUGGGGUCUACUUUCUGCACAAUACACAGAAGAGUAUGAACAAUGCAUAGAAAGCAUUUUGCCUUCUGAGAAAGUGGAGUUCAACUAUGAAGCUUUGCAUAAAGCACUUGAGCAACUCUCGGACUUUGAGAAAAGAGCAACUCUCGGACUUUGAGAAAAGAGCAAAUUCUAGGGUGAUUGAGUCAGGUGUGCUUAAGGGUCUAAACCUUGAAGACAUUAAACGAGCUGGUGAAAGACUGAUUCUUCAAGAUGGUUGCAUUACCUUCUUU